GCUCGGCUUUCAGUAUCGAGGGAAAUCACGACGCGCCAACUUGGUGGAAAUGCCAGUCCGUGAUCGCGUCAAAUAAAGCCCACAAGGAUACGCUGCUGAGGCUGCUGCAACGGUGCAAACACUAAAGCAACAGCAACAACAAGAAUUUCAUCUCAUAAAAUUUAUAUUAAAAAAGUAAUAAAAAAACAAGCAGUAGAAAACACAAGACAACAAAAAAAAAGAAACGCCAAAAUAAAAACGAAAAAUAAAAACAAAUUCGUCGUGAAUUUCAGCGGACAGUUAAGAGCAUAUACAUUAGGAAACUAAAAACAAAGAAAAAAGAAAUUAUUAAAAACAUAAACCAGAUAAAUAAAAUAUAUCAACAACAUGUCCACAACGUCGCGAAGUUCGCUCACGAGAAAAUCUUCGCUGGCCAAAAGUGGCAGCACGGACAAAACAACAAGCAAAUCAUCAUCCUCAUCAAAGGCCUCCUCCAACACAGCAUCAGCAACGAAAUCAGAUGCGACGGGGAGCGGGAGCAAACAGAAAAUGCAAUACACAAAAACCAGGGAGCGCAUUGUCGAUGAUGUGCCCCUGCCGCCCACACACAAAUUGACCAUGUCUGAGGUGUACGAUGAUCCCAAGACGGACAAGCCCAACUUUGAUGUGCUGCGUCAGCAUUUUCUGCUCGAGGGACGCAUCGAAGAAUCGGUUGCGCUGCGCAUCAUCGACGAGGGCGCUAACCUGCUGCGCGAAGAAAAGAACAUGAUCGAUGUGGAGGCGCCGAUCACAGUGUGCGGUGACAUUCACGGACAGUUCUUUGAUCUGGUCAAACUGUUCGAGGUGGGCGGUCCGCCAGCCACCACACGCUACCUCUUUCUGGGCGACUACGUGGACAGAGGCUACUUCAGCAUAGAGUGUGUGCUUUAUCUGUGGUCCCUGAAGAUCACCUAUCCAGAUACUUUGUCGCUGCUGCGCGGCAAUCACGAGUGCCGUCAUCUGACCGAAUACUUCACCUUUAAACAGGAGUGCAUUAUUAAAUAUUCGGAAAGUAUUUACGAUGCAUGCAUGGAAGCGUUCGACUGCCUGCCCCUCGCCGCGCUGCUCAACCAGCAGUUUUUGUGCAUACACGGCGGGCUAUCGCCAGAGAUUUUCACACUCGACGACAUCAAGACGCUGAAUCGCUUCAGGGAGCCACCCGCCUAUGGGCCCAUGUGUGAUCUAUUGUGGUCCGAUCCGCUGGAGGAUUUUGGUAAUGAGAAGAGCAACGAUUUCUUUUCCCACAACUCUGUACGUGGUUGCUCCUACUUCUUCAGCUAUGCGGCCUGCUGUGAGUUUCUCCAAAAGAACAAUCUCUUGUCCAUAGUGCGAGCUCAUGAAGCACAAGAUGCGGGCUAUCGCAUGUAUCGUAAGAAUCAAGUAACCGGCUUCCCAUCACUGAUCACCAUCUUUUCGGCGCCAAACUAUUUGGAUGUUUACAACAACAAGGCAGCUGUGCUCAAGUAUGAGAACAACGUGAUGAACAUAAGACAAUUCAAUUGCUCGCCACAUCCCUACUGGUUGCCCAAUUUCAUGGAUGUCUUCACCUGGUCGUUGCCCUUUGUCGGCGAGAAGGUGACUGAGAUGUUGGUUAAUGUGCUCAAUAUUUGCUCAGAUGAUGAACUCGUUGCGGGUCCCGAUGAUGAGUUGGAGGAAGAGCUGCGAAAGAAAAUUGUGCUCGUGCCGGCGACCGUGAAUAAUAACAAUAACAAUAAUACGCCCAGUAAGCCAGCUUCAAUGUCGGCGCUGCGCAAAGAGAUUAUUCGGAACAAGAUACGCGCCAUUGGCAAAAUGUCGCGUGUAUUUUCUGUACUGAGGGAAGAAUCGGAGAGCGUUCUACAACUAAAGGGUCUGACGCCAACGGGCGCGUUGCCAGUCGGCGCACUUUCUCGUGGACGUGAUUCACUCAAAGAGGCUCUGCAAGGACUGACCGCAGCCUCACAUAUUCACUCCUUUGCCGAGGCCAAGGGAUUGGAUGCCGUCAAUGAGCGAAUGCCGCCACGUCGGCCUCUAACGAUGAGUGCCAGCAGCAGCAGCAUCACAACAAUCAGCAGCACAAGCACCAGCAACAACAACAACAACAACAGCAGCACAGCUAAGAACAGCAAUGGCAAUGGCAACUCUGCUGCUAGCAGUGAUGCCACCCUGACCAAAACGACCAGAACUACCGUUAGAUCGGCCACAACGAGCAACGUGCGCAGCGGUUACUCAACGAAGCGUUUCUCAUAGUCAACUUGGAUCAAGGAUUAGUCAUUGCAAAACACGUUUUUUUUAUUUAUUUUUAGUUAAUUUUCUCUCAGUUUAGUUCAAUUCACUCGAUUUACUUUCUGUAUUGCGCUAAAAAAAAUAUGUUUAUUUUCUGUUUUUAGCACAAAUUUGUAUGAAGCAAUUCAUUUCUAAUGUGUAGAACUUUCGUGGAAGCAAAUGCAAUACAUAUAAUACAUAUUAUAUACUAGUGAAAAUUUAUACGUGACAUGAAUAAUUUUUAAUAAACCUGACAGCAAAUAGCGAACCAAA